CUUCUGAAGGGAAGUUCAGACUACAAAUGGGGUUGAAGUUUUCAUGCAUGUUCUUGAAACUUUUUUGCUGAUGAAAGUUUUUAAUUUAACCUGAAAUUUUUGGCCUGUAAAUGAUCGUUUCCUCCAUUAAAAAGAGAUGCACCUAGAGAAAAGUAUGUCCCAAAAAUUCGCUCGAUAAACUAGUGAUACCCCAGAUAAAAGCAAAGAAACUCACCAGUAUUUUCGGGACAAAACCGAUGCCAAAAUAGCAAUUAUAAGGAUAAUUAAUGAGUGAACCGUAAAGGAAAUAGUGUUGCCAAAAAAAAAUGUGUUUUAUGUCAAAAGUGUUCGAAUUAAACAGUUUUAGAAGGAGGUGAAAGUGUUUUGCUUGAGUGGCUUUUGAUGAAGACACUGAUGUUUCAGAGCAAAUGGCGUGUAUGGAAAAUCAGCAUCCUAAUUUUAAUCUUACUGACAGCUUACAAUGUCUUUUUAACAAUCAAACUGAUGACCACCACAACCGAUUGUCCAGAAUCUCAAGAAAACAUUUUAGACAGCAUCAAGUUCAGGCAACCUGAGUGUGGAGAGGAUCAGCAACCGGACCAGGAUCCAUUUGAACCGGACGAGCCUCGGAUAGGCUCAGAACACCAGGAUCAACUUGUAGAGAAGUAUCAGUUAAACCUUAACCUAAAACUGGGUAGAUCAGACAAUAGAAUAGCAUACACUCUAUUUGAUCAUGUGAUAGUCGGUGAUAAGUUCGUGCAGCUCAGUGAUACGUUCAGGACUUGUUUGGCAACUCAAAGUUCGCUGGAUAAAAUUGUUUCUUUGGUAGAAAGCAGCUUGCACUGGGCUGGUCCGAUCUCGUUGGCAGUAUUUGCUGGCAGUGAGAAGGAACUCAAUCAUAUCCUACUGUUUAUAUUGUAUUUAAGAAAAUGUAACUCGAGGAUAAAGGACAAAGUGUCCUUUCACAUCGCAAUCCUAAAAGGAAAUGGACCAAAACGAUUUAGUAUAGAUGAAGAGAGAUUGGGGAGGUUGAGUUGUAUGAAUCCGAUGGCGAAUAUGCACCAGCUGAUGAUGGAAAUUAAUAAUAAUAGGAUGAUGGGUCCGUGGAGACACAAACUACCAUAUCCACAAAACCUCUUACGUAAUCUAGCAAGAAAAAAUUGCCAUACAAAGUACAUAUUCCUCACAGACGUAGAUGUAAUACCUGUCAAAGGAAUGGCUGAAGGUUUAAACGAAUUCUUAGCCGAAGAUAAAUGCAGGGGAAAAUGCGCUUACGUGGUGCCAACUUACGAAGUGGACGAGCGCGUGCUAUUUCCAGAAAACAAGACUGAACUGAUCCGGAUGGCGAGCAAAGGUCUCGCCCGACCAUUUCACCAUAAGGUUUUUAUUUACAAUCAGUACGCCACCAAUUUUAGUAGGUGGCAAAACUUUAAAGAUCCCGAUAGGACGAUUAGGGUGAGCCACCCUGUGACUAAUUUUGAGUUCCUAUAUGAGCCCUUUUAUAUUGCGACAGAUGACGUGCCGCCCCACGAUGAGCGGUUUGUCGGUUAUGGAUACACGAGGAAUACUCAGGUAUACGAGAUGUUUGUAUCAGGAUACGAAUUCCAGGUGCUCUCGCCAAUCUUCAGCUGCCAUUGGGGUCUGCAGGUGAAGAAAAACCGCCCCCCGUGGCGUGAACACCAAAACAACCAAAAUCGGAAACUCUUCGACCAGUUCAAGAAGGAAAUCUUCGCCAAAUAUAACAAAGAUCCCUUGCACAUGAUGGUAUCCAAGAAUAAUAAAAAUUGAUUUUCUCCUUCUACUGUAAUAUAGACACACCUCUGUUUAGUUUUAUUUUUUUAUAUAUAGUCGGUUAUUUAUUUAUUUUUUAAUAAAACGUUUUUUAUGGCCUCCCA